AUGGAAGGAUCUGAUUCUAAGUCUGUUUCUGGGACAGUGCAAGAGAAACCUGCUAAUUAUAAAAGAAUUUCAGAUGAUGAUUUGUAUAGACACUCAUCACAAUACCGUUUUUGGUCUUUUACACCAGAACAAUUGGAACAGAAGAGGAUAGAUACCAAUGCACAAGCUGUAGUGAGUGUUGAAGAGAGACUUUCAGCUUUUAGAGAUGAAAACAACGCUGAUUUAACUGAAGAGGAAGUUAAAACUCUAUUAGAGAAAGCAGUUCCUGUAACGAUGGAGGAAGAAGUUAAAUUAGUUAACUUUUAUGCAAAGAAAGUUCAGGGUAUUGCUCAACAUAUGAAUUUACCUACUGAGGUUGUAGCCACUUCAUUAACGUUUUUCAGAAGAUUUUAUUUGGAAAACUCAGUAAUGGAUAUUGAUCCUAAGACUAUUGUUCAUACUACAAUUUUUUUGGCUUGUAAAUCAGAAAACUACUUUAUCAGUGUAGAUUCAUUUGCAAAAAAGACAAAAUCUGUUAGAGAAGCAAUUUUAAAACAUGAGUUCAAAUUGUUGGAAAGUUUGAAGUUUUCAUUGUUGAACCACCAUCCUUACAGACCUCUACACGGUUUCUUCUUGGAUAUUCAAAAUCUUUUAACUGGUAAGGUUGAUAUCAAAUACAUGGGUCAAAUAUAUGAAAACUGUAAGAAAAGAAUUACAGAAGCUUUAUUAACAGAUGCAAUUUAUUUUUAUACACCUCCACAAAUAACACUAGCAGCUUUAUUAUUAGAAGAUGAAGCAUUGACUUUAAAAUAUUUGGAAACAAAGUUUAAACCUAAAGAAGAAGAAGCAGAAACUGAGACAGAGGUAGAUGAGAAGAAGAAGAAUAAAAAAGUUGAGGAUAAAGAUAACUCACCUAAGGAGGAUAAACCAGAAUCUUCGAUCAAUUAUGAUGUACUACUUUCCUUGAUACUUGCAUGCAAAGAAAAAAUUAUAGAAUUACCUUCUGUCACUAUGGAUGAUGCUAAAAAUAUAGCAGCUAAAUUGUACUUCUGCAAUAACCCAAUGAAGGCAAUAGCCAAUUCCAAAAGAAAACAAGAAGAAUCUGUCAGUGAUAGUGGUGAAAAGAAACAAAAAAUAUAG